AUGGCUAACAAAGUAAUUGACCACCAGAGACUUUUCCAGGCAUCUUCCAAGCCUCUAUGGUGGAGACACCCAAGAUCUGCUUUCUACCUAUACCCAUUCUACGCUUUGUUUGCCGUUGCUCUUGUGGGACCAAUGUUGUAUCUUCCAAACACCGUGAGGGGCAUCAAGGACAAGAAGAACUGA